AUGUCCGAAACUUGUAGAGCAUCCAUUAUGCAACUAAAACAGGCCACUCAAGAGAAUAACUAUGUUAAAAACAAUGGUUUUCAACUUGCCAAGCAAUCUACACGAACUGUUAAGCGAAAGCAAGAGCCUGAUAGUCGAGACUCUGGCUAUAUGGAUCAACUCAUGCAAAAAAAGAAGAUACUGGGCACCAAUACAAGUGCUGGAAAUGCCCGAAUAGUUGCAAGCAAGAACAGCCAGACUUUUUCUUUAAAAACAAUUGGUAGUUCAGCAGCAAACAGACCAUCUUACCAACCCUCGAAAUCGCAUUCGUUUGGAAUUCACAGCUCUAAUAGGCGCGAUGUGUGCUCCUCACCUGUCCGAUCUUUGUCACUUCAACCAGCCAUUAUUUCUGCAAAGCAACAUGCAUCGGGUGGUCGUCGUGUUGGGGGUCAGAGUAAAGCAGCAACCAGAUGUGCAAUAUAUCCAAGCUUCAAGGCUGAAAAGGAUGCAGUUCCACAUCCACUUGUCGAGGAGUUUCGCAAAGCCCGCGAACAACUACUUGACGAUCACAAAGCUCUUGAGCUCAUCAAGCCUGGGCUUACUACUACUUCAAAAGUACCUUUUUUAGAGACAUCCUCAAAAUAUUUCAAUGCAGCCGCUACAGAAUCUCAACCUCCUUUGACGUUUGGCACCCCUGAUUGGGUCAUUUCAUCGUCUAAACAAGAUCAGCAUUCUACUUUUGGUUCCAAUAUUGAGAAAGCAACAAAUCACCGCUCACAACCCAAUGUAGACAAGAAAAGUACUCCAGCCAGUCUCGAAACCCCUGCAGCUGAAAGCACUUUAAAGCACACAAUCAAACUAUCAAGUGCAUUUUUGGAACCUAGUCCUUUUGUUCAUUUAAAAAUAUCCAAUUCAGAUGCACGUAUCGUAUCCCUUGCAUCAGGUUUGGAGCAUGGUCUAGCACUAUCUGAUGAUGGCCGCGUUUGGUCUCUUGGAGGUCUGCAUGCACACGGCUUUAUUUCACACCAGAAUGUGUCUACCGAUCCUGCAUUUGACGCUGCCAAUUUAGUAACCAAGGCCGCUUUAACUGCAUGGCGUACUCACCAGGGCAUAACACCUCAACUUAUUCAAGGGCUUGACACGCAACCUAUCAAACAGAUUGCAACCACUGAUCAUGCAUCCUUUCUCUUGACAAAAAACACUGGAAUCGUAUUCAUGUUUGGAAAGCUUACCAAUCCUAGAACGACUGGUUCUCAGCAAUGGUUCUAUGCAGACGCGCCUUCAAAAGAAUAUGUACUCGUGCGUCUUCCACCUCAUGUUACAGGAAACAAUGUACAGUCCAUCGCUGCUUGUGGUAAUUUAGUGUGGAUGGUGACGGAAUCAGGACAAGUACACACAUUUGGUUUUGCACCAAAGGAAUUGUCAUGGCAAGCACCGGCAAAGUCUGGCAAGGAGAAAAAAUCUACCGGAAAAAGCGUAAAGCAGCGCAACGGUAUUCCAUUUUCUACCCAUACUGUUAUAGCCAUGAAUGGGACUAAGCGAAGCAAGGUGUUUAUUAAUUCAGUAGUUUUGGGUCCUGAUCGAGCUGUUUUGACUGAUAGAGACGGUGGUGUAUGGGUCAUGGGUGAAACUCGAGACAAAUCUAAAGAUGGGUUGGACAAUACUGACACUUUGGACAAAGAGAAUGUGGAUAUAAAGGCAACCAAAGAUACUGCUCUUUACAAGCCAAUUCGAUUGGAUUUUGGACUGAACAAUGGAGCGAUUCAGCAUAUUGCCUGUAAUGAUGCACAUAUGGUGAUUUUGCGUGAAGGAAAAGUAUAUGUUGUAAUGAACCAUGGAGUCUGCGUAGAUUCAACCCAGACUCGAUCGGUACAAGACUCGCAAAAAACCGUUGCGCCAAAACCUUUGCUGUCUCUGGUGAAUGGGAUCGCAAACGCUACACUUGUUUCUAUUUUAGAUGACUGCGGAUAUGCUAUAGAUGCAAAUGGACAGGCUUGGCGCUGGCUUUUUACUGAUAUCAACACCGCUACCAAAAUCAAUUCCCCACCUACCGUGUUUCCUUGCAGUGACAAGCCUGGUAAUAUAUGUGUAGCACCACAUACGCUUAUCGAGGCAGCCAUACUGAGAUGA